AUGUCCAAGUUCAAGAUUACCCCCCAGCUGUGGGACAAGAUCCACCACUUUGCCAGCUUCCCGCCCACGGGUGUGUCGCUGCAGCAAAUGAUCCUCUUUGGCGAACGCCCGAGCCAAGGAACGCUCAUCAAGGCCGCCCAGUUCCUCGGUGAGGAGCUACCGAUCCGACUCUCGCAUCGUGUCGUUGAGCUAGAGUCGCUCCCAGAUGGCCUGUCCAAGAUGCCGAGCAUCAACCGCGUCAAGGAAUGGUACGCUGAGAGCUUUGAGGAACUCAUAAGCUUCCCUAAGCCCAAGCUGCCGGCGAACAUUGAGGAGAUUCUGCGCAUGCCGCCUACUCAUCCGAUUGCCUUUCCCAGGGCGAUCCCCAAUCCAUCGCUGGACCCCGUUCUCAAUGAAGGGCCAACGGGCUCGCGCAUCCUGUACUCGGACCGCCCACGCCAACAUCAGCAUGUGAUCGGCAAGGGCGGAGUGAGGAUGAGGAUCCCUAUCGACCGCAUGUACUUCUCUCCGCCGCCCGUCAAUACGGUCUAUCCUCCCGAGGUGCACGAGUAUAACGAGAAGUUUACUCAGCUGCUCCAGAAGAUCAAGCACCGUCACGACCCGACUGUCACAAGUGUUGCGCAGGGCGUUCUCGAGUGGAAGCGAUCACAGAAGCACGGCCGCAUUGGACAAAACAUCCAGGAGUGGCUGGACCGGUUCUACCUCUCGCGCAUUGGUAUCCGCGCACUAAUCGGACAGCACGUCGCCCUGAAUACCCUCAAGCCGCAUCCAGACUAUGUCGGCAUCAUCUGCACCAAUGCCAACGUGCACGACAUCUGCCACGAGGCCAUUGAGAAUGCGCGCUUUGUCUGUGAAGAGCACUACGGUCUCUUCAAGGGACCGCCCAUCCAGCUCCUCUGCCCGCGCGACCUUACAUUCCCUUACAUCCCUGGUCAUCUUUCGCACAUCUGCUUUGAGCUCCUCAAGAACUCGUUACGCGCAGUCGUGGAGCGGUACGGCGUCGACAACGAGGACCAGUUCCCGCCUGUCAAGGUCAUCGUCGUUGAGGGCUCCGAGGACAUCACCAUCAAGCUCUCGGACGAGGGUGGCGGCAUCCCGCGCUCAGCACUCCCCAUGAUCUGGACCUACCUGUACACUACGAUGAGUGACGAGGGCCUCGAGAGUACAAUUCAGGAGUCAGACUUCAAGGCUCCGAUGGCUGGCUUUGGUUAUGGUCUACCACUCUCGCGCCUCUACGCUCGCUACUUCGGUGGCGACCUUCGCCUUAUCUCGAUGGACGGAUACGGCACCGAUGUGUACAUUUCCCUCAACAAGUUGUCCUCCAGCCAGGAGCCUCUCCCCACGAUCAUCGAUCCCAACUGGCUCCAAUCUGCCGGAAAGGCUGGACUCGCACCCGACGAGGGUUGGGGUUCACCAGAAGAAUACCUGGCGACCGAUGAGCAGAGGGCCGCCCUAGAACGGAAGCAAGAGCUAGCCCACAUCCAGCAGACCGAGGCCGUCGAGCGAGCCAUGGCUCCCUGA